GCCGAUUAUUGGUGGCUACUGAAUUCUCUCUCUGUCAAUUUGCGUCCGUCCUCUCCGCGGGAGGCAGACACACAACAUCUGAAGCUGAAGUUUCUAUUUUCCCUUCAUUCAACUCAGGAAGUCUCUAGGUGUCAGGUGUAAAGAUGACCAGCCCCUCCAGGAGUAUCGACGGCCACAAGGGCAUCGUUGAGAGCCCAGCUCACAAACCGGAGACCCCCAGGUAUCGCAGCUGGAGCAGCCUCCGCUUCUCAAGAUGGAGAAGUGGUUCCCAGAGGACAAGCCCCCCGGCCACCCCCUCCCCGAAGACAGACAAGAAGAGCGAUGUGACCAAGACGCUGUUCUCCCUGGUCAAGACUCACAAUGAAGACUACACAGCCGACCCUGACGGGCUGCUGGACACCGACGGGGAGGCGGACGGGGGCGGCGAAGACGUGCCACAGGACCAGUCCACCUACUUCCAGAGGCGGUUUUGCUCCAUGCUGCAGCCCGGGGUCAACAAGUUCUCCCUGCGCAUGUUUGGCAGUCAUAAGGGUGUCGCUGCGGAGCAGGCCAGGGUCAAGAGCUUUGGAGUGUGGAUCGUUCACCCCUACAGUGACUUCAGGUUUUAUUGGGACAUUGUGAUGCUCUUGUUGAUGAUGAGCAAUCUGGUGAUCCUGCCCUGGGGCAUCACCUUCUUUGAGGACCAGAACACCCCACCCUGGAUCACCUUCAACGUCCUGUCCGACACUCUCUUCCUUAUGGACCUGGUUUUCAACUUCCGCACUGGCAUCCUCGAAGGUGACAGCCAAAUAAUCCUGGACCCAAAAGAGAUCCGCAUGCAUUACCUCCGCACCUGGUUCACGGUGGACUUCAUCUCCUCCAUCCCUGUCGACUAUAUUUUCCUCAUCGUUGACCUGGAAUCCCGGCACGAGUCGACCGACGUGUACCGAACUGCCCGCGCACUCCGCAUUGUGCGGUUCACCAAGAUCCUGAGUCUGCUGCGUCUUCUCCGACUGUCCCGCCUCAUCCGUUACAUCCACCAGUGGGAAGAGAUUUUCCAUAUGACCUAUGACCUGGCCAGUGCAGUGGUGCGUAUAGUCAACUUGAUUGGCAUGAUGCUAUUGUUGUGUCACUGGGAUGGCUGCUUGACCUUCAUGGUGCCUAUGCUGCAGGACUUUCCUGCAGAUUGCUGGGUAUCCAAAAAUAAUAUGGUGAAUGCUACAUGGCACAUACAGUACUCAUACUCCCUGUUCAUGGCCAUGAGUCACAUGUUGUGCAUUGGAUACGGUGCCAACCCCCCAGACGGCAUUAGCGAUGUGUGGCUCACCAUGGUCAGCAUGGUCGUAGGGGCCACGUGCUACGCCAUGUUCCUUGGCCAUGCAACCACUUUGGUCCAGUCCUUGGAUGCGUCACAUCGUCAGUAUCAAGAGAAGUAUAAGCAAGUGGAGCAGUACAUGUCCUUUCAUAAACUGCCAGCAGACGUACGACAGAGGAUCCAUGAUUAUUAUGAGCAGCGAUUCCAGGGCAAGAUGUUUGACGAGGACAGCAUCCUAGGAGAACUCAGUGAUCCGCUCAAGGAGGAGAUAGUCAGCUUUAACUGCCGGGGGCUUGUGGCCAACAUGCCACUGUUUGCCAACACUGACCCUCAUUUUGUGACAGUUAUCUUGACCAAGCUGCGUUUUGAAGUCUUCCAACCCGGAGACAUGAUCAUCCGAGAAGGAACCCUGGGUCGGAAAAUGUACUUCAUCCAGCACGGCGCCGUCACGGUCACCCCGCGCGGCAGUAAGGAGAUUAGCCUCAACGAUGGAGCAUAUUUUGGGGAGAUCUGCCUGCUAACCCAGGGACGACGCACAGCCAGUGUGACGGCAGACACCUACUGUCGUCUUUACUCCCUGAGUGUGGACAGUUUCAACGAGGUCCUCGAGGAGCAUCCUCUGAUGAGGAGGGCCUUUGAGAGCGUUGCUGUGGACAGACUGGGGCGGGUUUCUCGCAGGCCCAGUUAUGAGCCUCCAGCAGCGGAGUCACGUCUUCUGAACCAACAGGGAGAGACUUGUGGAGGAUAUUUGUCACGUUGAAUGAACUGAAUGCUGUUGGACAACCUCAUGGAGACCCUCAAUUCUAUUUAAUAACACAUUAUUGCACUGCAUUGCUGCACUUGUUUGAAAAUAGUGAACCUUCAGUUGAUUUAAUUUUAUUACUUGAAUCAUCAUUUUGUGUUAUAUAUUUCCUUUUACACUUCUCAGGCUAGCUCCAGUGGCCGCUAUGCCUCCUGAGACUUCAGUUUCAUUAUCCAUCAUGUCAGUCAUCCAGGAUAUUAGAAGCACACAGGAGCACCAGCUGGUAGAUACAUGUUACAGCUUUAUGUGGCUCUGAUUCAAAUUAUCCCUCAGGUCUAGGAUAAGCUGCUGUGAUGUAAUAACUGUACAGAGACAGGUUGUACACAGCUAUACGUCAGUGUUUUUUAAUUGCCACAUGUUUAUGGUACUUACAUUUGGAGAUAUUUAUUUUAUGAUACGAUCUAGUUUCCAGUAGAACUAGGUGUGACCGCCCCCCCCUCAUUUCUGCACACAUAUUUAAUGAAAAGCAUUGGUGCCUACCCUUUGCACAUAUCAUAUAUACGCUUCUAUAUAUACACUAUAUUUGUCCCACCAGAGUUUUAUAAUGACACAAAAUGUUUUUACAAAUCAUAAAAGGUCUCUAACUUGGUGCUUUGCAGUGAUGCUUCAUUGCACAGCUGUGUGCAGGACUCAUAUGGUGUAUUUUUUUCAGAUAAUUUUGACGUACAGAAAUAAAGUGAUUUACAGUAAGAACGAAUUAACACAUGACCUUGUCCAAUUUGAACCACAAUGCGGGUAUCUGUUUUCAUUAUGUAAACUUUCUCAUGAAUGGUCCCAUAUAUUGAUAAUGUCAUGUAAAUAUAAAUAUUUCUACCCUUUAAAUAUAAAUAUGAAAAAUAUUUUUGGCUAUGCAGUUGGCUUCAAAGAUGUUAUUUACAACACACACACACACACACACACACACACA